AUGAAACCUCGAUUAAAAAAACUUCGAUUAUAUCCUCUUGAUACUAUUGAUGCAAAUGCAAAUAGAAAUGAUAAUAGAAAAUAUCCAUUAAUAUUAACUAACGUUGAAUUACAAUCAUCAAUGAUUGUUCUAAAUCCAAGUAUUGAUGAAGUUCAACAAUUAAUGCAUGAAUUAAUUAAUUAUGUUUUAAAUAUUUUUCAUGGUAUACGUAAAUGGGGUGAAGUACGAAUUAUUGAUAGUAAAUUAAUACAUAAUUAUCCAAUGCAUGAUUUUUCUGAGUUAUUACCAACAAAUGAUGAUUUAGAAUUACAUAAAUUGUAUGAUCAUGGAGAAGAAAAUUCAUGGCAAAUUCAACAAGAACACUGGUCAACUCGUGUUGAACCAUGGGAAUAUCCUAAAAAUGAAAAAAUUGAAUUUGCAUCUAUUCUUGUUCCAAACAUUGAUAAUGUUCGUAUUACAUAUCUUAUAAAUAUUCUUUCUAAACAAGAAAAAGCUGUACUAUUAAUUGGUGAACCUGGUACAGCUAAGACUGUUAUUAUUACAAGUUAUUUAAAACAUUAUGAUAGUGAACAACAUUUAACACGUAUUAUAAAUUUUUCUUCUAUUACGACGAGUAAUUUUAUUCAAAAAACUAUUGAAAAUUUUGUUGAUAAACGUGUUGCAAAUACAUUUGGUCCAUCAUUUGGACGUAAAAUGACGAUAUUUAUUGAUGAUAUUAAUAUGCCAAUAAUAAAUUCAUGGGGUGAUCAAGAAGCAAAUGAAAUUCUUCGACAACUUAUUGAACAAAAAGGUUUUUAUUCUCUAAUAAAACCUGGUGAUUUUCUUAGUAUAAUUGAUUUACAAUUUCUUGCUGCUAUGUGUCAUCCAGGUGGUGGUAGAAAUGAUAUAUCAGAAAGAUUAAAACGCCAUUUUUUUAUUUUAAAUUGUACUUUACCAUCAAAUAAUGCUGUUGAUCAUAUAUUUAGUUCCAUAGCAAAAUAUUUUUGUAAUGAAAGAAAUUUUUCUAAUGAUAUUAUCAGCAUAGUUGAAAAAUCUAUAUCAGCAACACGAAUUCUUUGGCAAACAAUUAAAGGAAAAUUUCUUCCAACACCAGCAAAAUUUCAUUAUAUAUUUAAUUUAAGAGAUUUAUCACGUAUAUGGGAAGGAAUAUUACAAAUUGAUUCUGAACAAUGUCAAAAUGAUAUUGAACAAUAUUUACAAUUAUGGAAACAUGAAUGUACAAGAGUAUUAGCUGAUCGAUUAAUUUUAAAUACGGAAAAAGAAUGGUUUAGAAAAGAACAAUUUAAAAUUGCUAAACAAACUUUUGGUGAUAUUUAUAAAAUUCCAAUACAAGAAGAAUCUGAAGUUUAUUAUGCAAAUUUUCUUCGUGAAGAACUCGAAGUAACAGAUGAAAUGGGUGAUGAUAUUGAUCUUGCUGAUUUAGUACCUAAAGUUUAUGAACCUAUUUCAUCAUGGGAAACAUUACGAACAAAAUUAUUAACUAGUAUGAAUAAAAUGAAUGAAGAAAUUCGUGGUAGUAAUAUGGAUUUGGUAUUUUUUAAAGAUGCUAUGAUUCAUCUAUUACGUGUAAAUAUUUUUCAUAUCUCACGUGUUAUUAAUAUGCCAAAAGGACAUUUAUUAUUGGUCGGUGUUGGUGGUAGUGGAAAACAAUCAUUAACCAAAUUAGCAUCUUAUAUUGCAGGUUACAAAUAUUUUCAAAUAAGUGUCUCUAGAACAUAUACAUUAAAUAAUUUUAUGGAUGAUUUACGAAAUAUUUAUCGAUCUGCUGGUCGUCUCGGUCAAGGCAUUGUAUUUAUUUUUACUGAUAAUGAUAUAAAAGAUGAUCAAUUUCUUGAAUAUUUAAAUAAUGUUCUUAGUUCUGGAGAAGUUUCUGGUUUAAUUACACGUGAAGAAAUGGAUGAAACUUUAUCGGAAUUAUCAGUUAAAAUGAAAAAAGAAUAUCCGAAACGAUUAUUAACAAAUGAAAAUCUAUUGAAUUACUAUCGUGAAAGACUUCGAAAAAAUCUUCAUAUUGUUCUAUGUUUUUCUCCGGAUAAUCGAAAAUUUCGUGAACGUGCAUUAAAAUUUCCAGCAUUAGUAUCCGGUUGUACUAUUGAUUGGUUUUAUCGUUGGCCAUUAGAUGCUCUUAUUGAUGUAUCAAAUGUUUAUUUAAAUCGCUUUGAUAUUCUUGUAACAUCAAAUACAAUAAAAAAGAAUCUUAUUGAAAUAAUGGCCGAUAUACAUGAUGAUGUUAGUCGAAUAUGUGAAAAUUAUUAUGAUAAAUUUCGACGACGAACCUAUGUUACACCUAAAUCAUUUCUCUCAUUUAUAAAUGCAUUUAAAUUAUAUUAUCAAAAGCAACGUGAAUAUUUCGAAAAAGAAAAACAAAAAAUGAAAACUGGUGUUCAAAAAUUAUUUGAAGCUGCUGAACAAGUUCAAAAGAUUACACAAGAAUUAAUUACUAAAGAAAAAGAUAUGGCUAUUGCCAAUAUGGAAGCAGAAAAAGUACGUUGA